AUGGCGAUGGAGUACAACAGAGGCAGUGGAGCACAGCAGCGGAGGUUUGGCGAAGGAGCACAACAGCAGAGGCGACGGCAGUGGAGCACAAUAGCAGAGUACUCCCUCCCGCCAAGUUGGAAUUUGGAAGUCGGUUUGGAAGCUCGAGUCGGAGUUUGUCUGGAUUUAGGUCCCUCUCGUCUGUUGCCUCGCCGAAGCUCCGGAAGACCUGCUCCCCGUGCAGCUCCCCGUCCUACACCUGUACGCAACCCCCCUCAGCAAGCAAGUCAUGCUCCUCCAUCCCCUGUCCAGGGUAGCAGUGGUGGAUCUUUGCUUGGCAGCCUUGGUGCCACUGUAGCUGAGGGCAUGGCUUUUGGAACCGGAAGUGCAGUUGCGCACUGGGCUGUUGAUGCUGCACUGGGCCCUCGCACCAUUCGACAUGAAAAUGUAGUCUCUGAGGCUUCUUCUGCCCCGGCCCCUACCAUGAAUGGUGUUGGCGGGGCUGAUGCAUGCAAUAUUCAUUCCAAGGCCUUCCAAGACUGCAUAAACAACUAUGGGAGUGACAUAAGCAAGUGCCAAUUCUAUCUUGAUAUGUUGAACGAGUGCCGGAGGAACACCGGUUCAGUUGGUUAGUUCUGGUGUUUGAUGAUGCCACUUGGUCCACUUCCCAACUCAAUUCUUAUUACAUUUCAAAUUACCAUUGACCUUUUUAAUGAUUGGUGGGGAUAUAUUGGUGGAUCCAUGGUGAAACUGAAGGAUUCGCGUCAAUAAUGUUGAAUACCUUGAUUUAAAUGUUAGAACAUUUUGAAAUUUGAAUA